CCGGAGCGACAGCCGGACAGAGCGAGCGCCGCCGCGGCACCCUGCGACCAUGUCCAAGUCGCUGAAGAAGAUCGUGGAGGAAAGCAGGGAGAAGAACCAGCCCGAGGUGGACAUGUGCGACCGCGGCAUCUCCAACAUGCUGGACGUGCCCGGCCUCUUUACCUUGUCUCACAUCACGCAGCUGGUCCUGAGUCACAACAAGCUGACAACUGUGCCAGCGAACAUCGCAGACCUGAGGAACAUAGAAGUGCUCAACUUCUUCAACAACCAGCUCGAGGAGCUGCCCACACAGCUCAGCAGCCUGCAGAAGCUCAAACACCUCAACCUCGGCAUGAACAGGUUGAACACCUUGCCAAGGGGAUUUGGCUCCUUACCAGCUCUGGAGGUUCUUGACUUGACUUACAACAACUUGAGUGAAAAUUCUCUACCAGGAAACUUCUUCUAUCUGACCACCCUGCGUGCACUCUAUCUAAGUGACAACGACUUUGAGGUCCUGCCGCCAGACCUGGGGAAGCUCACCAAGCUGCAGAUACUGAGUCUCAGAGACAAUGACCUGAUAUCACUGCCCAAAGAGAUCGGUGAGCUCACCCAGCUCAAGGAGCUUCACAUCCAGGGAAACCGUCUCACCGUGCUGCCCCCAGAGCUGGGUAACUUGGAUUUGACUGGUCAGAAGCAAGUCUUCAAAGCAGAGAACAACCCCUGGGUCACCCCUAUUGCUGAUCAGUUCCAGCUGGGAGUCUCUCAUGUUUUUGAGUACAUUCGUUCAGAGACGUACAAGUAUCUCUACGGCAGACACAUGCAGGCCAACCCCGAGCCGCCGAAGAAGAACAACGACAAGUCCAAGAAGAUCAGCCGCAAGCCGCUGGCAGCCAAGAACAAAUGAGUGCCUGGCUCCUGCCUCUGCUUUCCUACCUUUUGCAUUGCUCUCGCACGUGCCCGUAACGUUCCUGUGCACCUCCUGUUGCUCAUGAGAAAGCAGACAGCAGGGCUAAAGCAGCUGACUGUGUGUGCUGCUUCCAAGGAGCCUGCUCACGGAGUGCCUCACCGCACGCUGCCCUGCUUGUGGGCCCUGUAAUGGCCACGGAACA